AUGUCGGUUAAUCAAGUUUUUGUUCGCAGGAUGCGGUUAUAUUAUGUGCUUACAAAAGUCAAAGUAGCGCUAAAAUUGAUCUUGAAAUAUUUUAUCGAGAAUCAUGAGGAAGGAGGAAGAACAAAGUUCGAACUUAUCGGUGAUGUGACAGAUGGAUGGUGGAAGACAUAA